AUCCAGUCCAAUGCCGGCCGGGUGUCCGGACGCCCGGCGCCGCCGCUGCUGCUCACUGAGGCGACCGUUGGCUUGCGGCUGCCGCGCGCCGCCCGCCAGAGCACUGACCCACCAGGACGCGCGCCCCCGGGCACAGGGCUCGCGGUUGCCUGUGGCCGCCCGCCCGCCCGCCCGCUGCUCACUGACGCGGCCGUUGGCUUGCAUGCUGCCGCGCGCCGCCCGUCACAACACUGACCCGGGCACAGGGCUCGCGGGUUGCUCAAGGCGGCAGUUGGCUUGCGGCCGUUGGCUGCCGCGCGCCGCCCCUCGCACCACUGACCCGGGGACACGAGCACAGGGUUCGCGCUUCAGACCACUCGUCCAACGAGAAGUGUCCAGGGUGGCGGAGCACCACUUCAAUGGAACAGCAGUCAAACCGAGUGAAGAUACACAACAACAAAUUAUAAGGGAGACGUUCCACUUGGUAUCAAAAAGAGAUGAAAACGUCUGUAAUUUCUUGGAAGGUGGCAUGUUAAUUGGAGGAGCAGACAAUAAACUUAUUUACAGACAUUAUGCAACUUUGUAUUUUGUUUUUUGUGUGGAUUCCUCAGAAAGUGAACUUGGAAUUUUGGAUCUAAUUCAGGUUUUUGUGGAAACAUUGGACAAAUGUUUUGAGAACGUCUGUGAGCUGGAUUUAAUUUUCCACGUAGACAAGGUUCACAAUAUUUUGGCAGAAAUGGUAAUGGGAGGAAUGGUUUUGGAGACCAAUAUGAAUGAAAUAGUUACUCAGAUUGAUGCUCAGAACAAAAUGGAAAAAUCUGAGACCUUUAUCUUUCAAUCUCCCAGACAGGACAGAUAGAUUCUGUUACUAUAAUCUCUCAGGUACUGCUGCCUUUAAAUGGCCCACAAUAACUCCUCCUCUUGUUGUUCACAAAUAGAAAGCAAAAUGAUGUCAUCAGAGUUAUGGGUCACUUGUAUGGGAACCUCAUUAUCAUAUGCCUCAUGCUAGGGAUGUUAUGAGGUAUAAAUGUUAAAGUAUUUUAAUUCUUCCUAUAGGCUUCUCCUUAUUUUGUUCUCCUACUUGCAGACUUCAUUUUGUUUUCUCUAUCUUGUAAUUGCAUGCAUGCAGUAUAAUCUUUGGAGUGUAUCAUCAGACUAGGAACAUUAAUCACUCGUGACCAUUAUGAUUUUCAUUCAUUAUUUAACUAAUGCUUGUGUAUGAGGAGAUUUUAAGAGAGCAUGGUUUAACUUGCCAAAUUCAUUUACAGUUACGCAUUCAUCUAUAAUUCUGACUAAAACAACCUAUGCAGUAAAAUUCUCCAUUCAUUAAUUCUCAUGCAGGGAUGUUUAUCUAAAAUCUGGCUGUUAAUCGUGUUUUUUUAUUUUUCUUCAAGAACCUAUCAAAUUUUCUGUACCUAAUUUGUAACUUUUCUAUAGUGAGUUGUCAUCUAAAUUUUCAAUGUAAUAUUUUUAUUUGGUUUACCAAAUUCUAUUUUAUUUGAACAUUUUCCUCGCUUUUCUUGGUCAUCUGUUCAGUGCUUCUUGAACAUUUUGCAAUAAACUCAUUUUAGUUUGUAACAUCAAUUUACAUAAAGACCAUUUUAAUUCCAAUUUUAAAAAUUCCAUCCCUCUGCAUAUUACGCACAUUAAUGGUGUUCUCUAAUUCUCAACCUGUCAUUGUUCUGAAUGAUUUAAUAUUUUUAAACUUGCGGUAUCCAUAGUAUUAAUUCUAUGCAAUACUUUUUAUAAUGUUAGCUGAUCUCUUGCAGAUGAAUUUCCAGAAAAUGUUAACGUGAUUGGUGAUCCCUUUGCUUGAACUGCAUGAACAUGCAUGAUUAGUUAGUCUUGUUGGAGGGUAUAUGUGCAAAUAAUUUUAUAAUUCCUGAAUGCAUCGUGAGAAUUUGCUUACAUUAAUUUUUUUUUUAAUUGCCUUCAAUUUGCGAUGUCUAUCACUUUGCUUUGCUAUCCUCAAUUUCUAUGGAAUAAUAGGAUGACUUCCAUGGUGGCCAUGAACUCUUCAACUUAAAUGUAUAUUUGUAUAUGUUGAGAGUUAAAACUGCAAAGGAAAGAACACUUGUUAUCAAUAACUUCACGUUUGACUCCUCCCAUUUCCUCCAAAUACAAGGCGUAGCAAUGGGCACACGCUUGGGCCCCAGCUAUGCCUGCCUCUUUGUCGGUUACGUCGAGCAAUCCUUGUUCAAUACGUACCAGGGCCCCAUCCCCAACCUCUACCUCCGCUACAUCGACGACUGCUUAGGUGCCACCUGCACCCACACACAACUGACUGACUUCAUCCACUUCACCACUAACUUCCAACCGGCACUCAAAUACACCUGGACCAUUUCCGACACUUCCCUACCAUUCCUUGACCUCACUAUCUCCAUUGCAGGUGAUAGACUUCUGACCGACAUCCACUAUAAACCCACUGACUCCCAUGGCUAUCUGGACUACACUUCUUCCCACCCUGCUUCCUGUAAGGACUCCAGUCCCUACUCCCAAUUCCUCUGUCUACGCAGCAUCUGCUCCCAGGAUGAGGCGUUCCACACCAGGGCAUCUGAAAUGUCCUCAUUCUUCAGGGAACGGGGGUUCCCCUCCUCCACCAUAGAUGAGGCUCGCACCAGGGUCUCUUCCAUACCCCGCAACACUGCUCUCUCUCCCCAUCCCCCCCCACUCGCAACAAGGGCAGAGUCCCACUAGUCCUCGCCUUUCACCCCACCAGCCGUCAUAUACAACAAGUAAUCCUCUGUCAGUUUCGCCACCUCCAACGUGACCCCACCACUCGCCACAUCUUCCCAUCUCCCCCCAUAUCUGCCUUCCGCAAGGACUGCUCCCUUGUCAAUUCUUCCCUUCCCUCCCGUACCACACCCUCCCCGGGCACUUUCCCUUGCAACCGCAGGAGAUGCAACACUUGUCCCUUUACCUCCCCCCUCAACUCCAUUCAAGGACCCAAGCAGUUGUUCCAGGUGCGACAGAGGUUUACCUGCAUCUCCUCCAACCUCAUCUAUUGCAUCCACUGCUCUAGAUGUCAGCAGAUCUAUAUCGGUGAGACCAAGCGGAGGUUGGGCGAUCAUUUCGCCGAACACCUCCGCUCGGUCCGCAAUAACCAACCUGACCUCCCGGUGGCUCAGCACUUCAACUGCCCCUCCCACUCCGAUUCCGACCUCUCUGUCCUGGGUCUCCUCCAU